AUGCAGCAAGCGUUAGCAGGGCUCUUCCAGCAAAUAAGAGCUUCUAAUUAUGAUGUGUUAUCAAUUGACUUGAAAAAAAACGGCAGUCUUAUAUCAUCUCUACAAAAUGAAUUACAACGAUUUGAUAAUAGAGAACUAGAUAAACUUGUCGAAUCACAAAAUUUCCACAAUGGUAAAUGGACCAGAUUCAAUAUUAUGAUUCUAUCGUUCUUAAAAUUCUCUAGAGAUGUGGAUCCAUGGUCUACAUGGGAAAAUGUGGACAUUAUAUUCAAUUUUUAUUCCGAUCUUAAUAAUUGUCUAUUGAACGACUCAUACCCUAUUGACAAAUUAAUUGAAGUGUUUCUAUCCAUUACUGAAUUUAUAAUACCGUUUGCUACGACGUUGGAUGAAAAUUAUGUACUCCUCGGUACAAGGCAAUACCAAUUCCUAUCGCAUACUUCUUCUAUCAUUUCCAAAUUAUUUAACAGUAUUAAACCACACAGUGAGGCUAAUACUAAUGGAAACGUGCUCCAAGGAAAACAGGCUAUCCUGUUAUAUUUAGUCAAUAAGUUAAACAAUAUCUAUUUCAAAAUAGACUCUCCACAAUUAUGCUCUAAUAUUUUCAAAAACUUCAAACCAAAGAGUUCUAUUGAAAAUUUCAGUGAAUACCCAUUAACGCAACGGAUUGAAUACAGAUAUUUAUUGGGAAAAUAUUAUUUGACAAAUGCAAGGAUCACCAACUCUUUCGUACAGUUGAAUAGCGCAUUUGACUUAUUGUGCUCUGCUUAUAAUCUGCUAGGUUAUAAUGUGCACCCAUCAAUUAAGAAAAACGCCUUGAAAAUACUGAGGUACCUAAUUCCAGCUGGACUGAUAAUGGGUAAAUUACCGAACUUCAAGUUGAUCGAAGCAUUGGAUCUACAAUUAGCCUCUAGUUAUAUAAAAUUGGCCCACUAUAUUAGAGAAGGAAACAUUAAAGGAUUAAAUUUGUGGUUACAGCAUAAUGAAAGGGACUUGUCUCAUAGGUAUCUGUUAAUUAUCUUUUUGGAAAAGCUACCGAUGAUUGCCUACAGAUAUCUUGUCAGAAAAACAAUAAUGGAAUGGUCAAUAUCGCAAAACCUGAAUAGAUUACCAUUUGAUGUGCUUGAAAGAAUGAUGAAAUUAUCAAUUGGUGAUGAUAGUGACAGACCAGACUUGAAUAAAAUUUCAAUUUACAAUGGUAUUCACAACUACAAAAAUGUGGAGAAUGUACUUGUAACAUUAAUCAACUUGGGAUAUUUACGAGGAAACUGCUACCCGCUAUUGAAAGUUUGUGUCUUCCAAAAAACUCAAAACAUUAACGACGUCUUACCACCGAUUGAUGAGAGGAUCCUGGCUAUGUUCCCAUUGAACAGCGAAGAUGCUUGGUUGGAUAACUAA